AUGCAAGAACCAAUCUACAAUCCCGAGUGUCCUUUGGCGACGACCACCAUCGCUUACCAGCAUAAACUGGUCAACUGCCCCGGAAAGACCAUUGUCGGAAUGCUUGUCGAAUAUCCUCCAAACGGUGCGACACCCCCUCACCGUCACGGAGGUGCUUCUGUCUCCGCCUACGUGAUCCGUGGCUCUGUCUUGAAUAAGAUGAAUAAUGAUCCGAUGAGGGUAAUCGAGCACGGAGAUUCCUGGUAUGAGGCACCAGGCUGUCACCACCGGAUUAGCGCCAAUAUGAGCAAGAGCGAACCCGCGGCGUUCUUCGUAAAUUUUGUAAUUGACUCAGAGGUUUUGGAGCGGGACGGUCCAUCGGUGCUUGUGCAAUAUGACGCAGAGUAUAAGGAUAUCAUCGCACGGAAAAUGCAGGCGUAA